CUCUAGCCGGAAGUUCCAGCGCAGGCGACAGUGAACGGGAGUUUAACCAGCUUAGAGUCAACAACGAGAACAUGGACGACGACGUGCUAACAACGUUAAAGAUUUUAAUAAUCGGAGAGAGUGGUGUCGGUAAAUCAAGUUUGCUGCUGCGCUUCACAGAUGACACAUUCGACCCAGAAUUAUCUGCAACUAUUGGUGUGGACUUCAAAGUAAAAACUAUUGCAAUAGAUGGCAACAGAGCCAAGCUGGCAAUAUGGGACACCGCGGGUCAGGAGAGGUUCAGAACUCUAACACCAAGCUACUACAGAGGAGCACAGGGUGUCAUUUUAGUGUAUGAUGUGACAAAGCGGGACACGUUCACAAAACUUGAGAACUGGCUCAACGAGCUGGAGACAUACUGCACGCGCAACGACCUGGUUAAAAUGCUAGUGGGCAACAAAAUAGACAAGGAUAACCGUGAAGUAGACCGAAACGAAGGCUUGAAGUUUGCACGGAAACACUCUAUGCUUUUUAUCGAGGCUAGUGCAAAAACACGGGACGGAGUACAGUGUGCCUUUGAAGAACUGGUGGAGAAGAUCUUGCAGACGCCAGGGCUCUGGGAAAGCAGCAUCCAGAACCACGGAGUCCAGCUGUCCGAUCAGGAGCAGCAGCGCCGGGGCGCCUGCGGGGGCUACUGUUCCCUGGUUUAACAUCCACACCUCGUCCCACAACCACAUACUGAGAUGGAAAGCAACGUUUUCUUUUUUCUGAAUGAGAGCAUCCUCUGAGGGGGAAUGGUCUGCUCCCUUAGAUAUUGUCAAAGGGACCUUUGCAGUUUGCACACAAUCCUGUGUCACUCAGUUUAUGUCUUCAAAUUCCCAGUAUUGUCAUAUUAAGUAAUAUUUUUAAUAUGUAAAGUUUCACAUUGCUAAAUUACCUGUAUUCUGUGUAAUGUUGUCAUGCAUAAUGUAUAAGGUAACAACAGUCUGACCAUCUUGAAAUAUGGCAGGUAUUUUCCCCCCAGGAAGAGGACCAAGCUGACAUGCUCACCCCUCAAUGGGAGAGUUGCCUUUGACCUAACGUGCAUAGGCCAAUAGGAUUGCAUGAGGGGAGGGGUCAAGAUAUUAGAGGAUCUUAUCAGUGUGGUGACACACACCACACCAUACAUCUACAUGCUAAAUUUUCUUCAUAUUAUCUGUUUAAUGUAUUUUCUGAUGCUUUCAUUUUAAUUUCCUGCUUUUUUGUUUGUAAUUGAUAAUCCCGUGUUAUUUUUUUUAAAAAUUAUUUUAAUUUGCCUUUGAAUGAUGCUUAGCAUGAUCCUAAAUUCUUUUGCUGGAAAUAUUCUUUUAUAAAUAAUAUAUCUUGACAAGCUGUUCUGAUCCACCUAUGCUGAACAAUUCAAACAUUUAUGUCUAUGAAAUGUUGUGUAGCCUCAGUAUCUCUCCUGACUCAAGAAACAACGCUGUUUGGUUUUGGAAUACCCUACUUUAAGCAUGAUUUAUUUAUGUAAUCCAUGAUGACUACACUUUUUUUUCUUGUCCAAAUAACACAUGGGAUGAUCUGUGAUCUGCAGAACUGUGUUUUAAGCAUUCUUUCGCUCCUAUCUAGGAAAUUGUAGUGUCUCUAGUCUAGUUUAAUGUGAAUGGAUACCAAAAGCUACUUCUGUAUUUGUCGUUUUUAAUCAGAAAGACAUCCUGCGGCAUGAUUGAAGUAAUAUCUUAUUUUUGAAGUUUCAGUUCAGAUUGAUUUGACACAGGAAAGAUUUGAUUAUGCCUUAAUAUUUAUGUGAUCUGCAUGUUUCUGGUGUCACAAUGAAUCUGUAGAGAGAGUGUUAAUACAGCCUGUUAAAAUUACCAAUAUGGUUAUAGUGGUCAUUUUUAUUUAUUGCUGAAUAUGUAUUGGUCAUAACGUUUUAAGUAUUAAUGAUUAUGACUUGCAUUCCUCUUAUAUGUUUGCUCUACUCCAGAAAGAUUUAUCCAGUCAUGGGAGGAAUUGCUUAUGACUUAAUUUAGCCUCAAAACCAAACACUAACCUGUACCCUAAUUAGGAUGUUUUAUGAGGUUUAAGUUCAGAUGCAACAGUGCUGUUCUCAUAAUUGCUUUAUAUUCUGUUCUGUAGACAUUUCUUUCCUUUGAUUGAGGCUGAUGUACUUGAACAGUGAUGUUCUAGUCUGUUUGCAACUUUCCGUUAUUUAGUGGAAAGUUAAGAGCAAUUAUAUGUCUCUUAGAGCAACAGUGUGUUUUUCUUUUUUGCAUUAAAAUAUGUAAUUAUAGAAGUGUUUUAAUACCUUAUUCUGCCACAAGUUUGUGUGAUUUUCUUCUGGGUAUUUUCGAAAUGUUUUAUUAGUGUAUCAUUUGUAGUUUAAGAAAAUUAUUAUAAUCUUGUUAACAGCAGAUAAAAUGAACUGACAAUGAAUAAUAGUUAUUAAACAUCAAUUAAUCUUAGUUAA